UGUGCCUGAAUCCAGCCAGGCGCUGGGGAUCUGGAACUUGGGAGCGACCCAUAAAAGACACAGCCUUGGACAAGAAGCUCUUGGCUGCAGCUUAUUUAUUGUGAGGUUUGGGCUUGUCCUGUGCAUUCUACAUGACGGACUGCACCUUUCCCUUCACCUCUGCUGCACAACGCUCAGUGCAAAUGGAUGAGGAGCAGCUGGAUCAGUGGAAGUACUCUCGACAAGUAAGACCCCAAUACCACCACCGUGAGUGCAGCCGGAGCCCAGCUGGCCAGGGUUAUCUGAGAAGCCGCUCGGAGCCACUGGAGUGCCGGGACCUGCUCGUCCAGAACGCGCUCUUCACUGGGGACCUGGAGAGGGUGCAGAAGUACUUCAGCAGGAACGCAGCUGUUAAUCUCAUCAUUGAGACCAAGGGUGAUGAGCUGCGCUGGACUAGUAGGAAAUUUGGACUGUGGUCUCUGAGCUAUGAGCAGGAGCUCACCACGCCACUGCACAUCACAGCCAGCCGGGGCUACACAGAUUGCCUGCGGCUCCUCCUGCUCAGGGGCGCUGCCGUCAACUUUGCACCAGGGGGUAAGACUGCCCUGCAUGAGGCUUGCGCAGCAGCCAGUACAGACUGCGUGAGCCUGCUGCUCAGCUUUGGUGCUGACCCCGAGGCUGUCUCUGAGGAUGGCUACAAGCCCAUGCAUCUCUGCAAGAGCCCAGAAUCUAUCGAGUGCGUCCAGCAGCUGCUGCAGCAUGGUGCCAGUGUGAACAGUCGGACAGAAGAGGAAUGUGACACAGCACUGCAUGUGGCAGCACGGCACGGCCUAAUAGACCACGUCCGCCUGCUGCUGCGCCAUGGGGCAGAGCUGGAGGCAAAGAAUGAGGAGGGGCAGACGCCACUGAAUGCUGCCUGUGCUCAGCCCCACCAGCCCCAGGACAUGGAGCGCUACUACAGGGUCUGCCAGCUGCUGGUGGAAAGUGGUGCUAGCAUCAACGCUGCAGACAGGGACCGUCAGCACCCACUUCACUUGGCCUGCAAGAAUGCCAAUGCUCAAGUAGCAGAGUUACUGCUGGCCCGGGGUGCACACGUCAACAUCAUGAACUACAGUGGGAACACGGCACUGCACAAUAUCCUGCAAGCAACUGCAUACAAGCUAGAUCACCAUCCGGAGCUUGUGGUGCAAGCCCUGCUCAACUACGGUGCCAUCCGCAUCUGGCCUGGCUCCCUCCUCAAGGUGCUGCGGUACUGCCACGCCUGCCCGCGUGUCAUCGAGGUCCUGAUGAACAGCUAUGACCAUGUGCGUGUCUCCGCAGACUGGGUGGAGGCAGUUCCAGCGGAGGUUGUGCAGAAAUACCCACGUUUCUACCAGUCACUUUUCUCGCUGGAGCAAAGACCUCGCUCCUUGCAGCACCUGGCUCGCUGUGCACUCAGAACCUUCCUGGAGGGCCGUUUGCUUCCAGUCCUGUCCCAGCUGUACCUGCCAAGCACCUUGCACCGGUUCCUGCUGCUCGGCUUUGAGGAUGUUCUCUACUAAGGGCUGGGGUUUGAGUCCCACUGUCUCUCUGUGCAGAUGUUCCACCCCUACCAGCACAGCCUGUGCCUCUCCAGAUAACCCCUUCCCUCCUGCCAUACUGUGUCAGCCCCCCUCUGCCAAACCUGCUGCUGUCCCCGCCAGCCUUGUGCUCUGUCUCCUGCACCCAUUUUGGAGCAUUCUGUUCACCCAGCCUAAAGAAGACAAGCUCCGGACUCACUAAGAAAAGCAAGAGAUGAGGAUUAGGGCAUUUUGUGGGACCAGGAGCAAAUGUGCUGGAUUGAUCUCAGUUUUUCUCAGAUCUACAAAUUCUAACUGAACCAGGAGGCUCUGCUGCCCUGGGCAUUUGUUGGGAACUUGUCUUUUGUCAAGUAGUUUACAGUUUGUACACAAGGGAGUUUGGAAUAAACCCUAGUCUUUAUGCCUACCAGAGUACAACUUCUGCCUUGCCUUGAAGAUUGCCUGAUAGGGCUUCGCCAUGAGACUAUCCCUGUGUAGCAGCAGGUGCACUCAGACCUAUGCAUUCACCCGCUCUUCAAAGGACCAGAAACAAAUGUGAUGGGUGUAGGACCGAGGCCUCCGAAACAAACACUUCCCAUGCAGUUGCAAUGUCUGAGGUUGUCCUGCUUAGGGCAGGACAACAGUGCUCGUGCCAGUACUGGGCACUUGGGUUUGGGGUGAGUAGGAUGUGCACUCUGAGAGCAGUAGUCCCCUGGGUACAGAGCAGAUGGCCCCUGUGACAGCCCAGCCAGCGUCUGCCAGAGCCUGAUGCAAGGCCACAUGCUGGUGCCUGGGCUGUGCUGCACUGUGAACAAGGUAAAGGAUAACAUUUGCUUCUGCAAUUUAAAUUUGAGGUUAUAAAGAGAUCAGAGCACUAACCAGCCUUUAACAAUUUCCUGGAAGCUAAUCCUGUUCCUGCUUCUGCCUCAGGGAAUGCCUGAACUGCUGCUGGCUGGCAGGAGAUGCACUAGGACAGCCCUACAAUGUGCUCCUCUUUGUGCACUGGUCUUCUGAGGCCUCUUAAUGUCCACAUCAACACCAGGGCACUGGAACACACAUAUCUGAAGGCUAAGCAGUUUGACAUACCCAGAGCUUCUGUCUUUUUCUGCAUCUGUGUGGAUACAGGGUAUAGCUCUACUCCCCUAAUUAUCACCUCUUUGCACAGCUAGUCCAUGCUGCUCUGAAGUAGCAAGCUUGAAAUAACAAUGUGAGUUUCCUAGUGCAUGCACACCAGUGAUGCACCACAGCAUGAAUGCUAAUGGGAUACAAUAGGAACGUGUGGUCCUAUGCUCACAAAGUGCCGGGAAGCUGGUGUUGACAGUCUGUGUCCGGGUAAUACACUCACUGUAGAGAUGGUAUAACAAAAAGGAUCAGCAACCUGCUUUAUGACACCUGUGGGCAGGGAUGUGAGAUACUGGCUUGAGGUGAUGUACUAAGACUGUCUGCAAAACAGGGAUGAGGGGAGCAGGGAGUGAAAGCUUUGGAAUACCCUGGGUAAUAACCCUUACUCAUACAAUGCAUCGGGAAUGCAUUUGCCUUGAACCAGAGCAGGAAUCCAGCCUGAAGUCACCACCUCCCAGCUGUCCAUACUCACAUGGCUGCUCAGGGUGAUCUGUUUAUGGGAGCAGGUCCCAUAGCCUUGGCAUGAAAACAGCCUGCAGACCAGUGCAUGUGGGGCUGGCUUACUGUCCUUCUUUCCAGCACUGUCCUGCAGUAGUGUUUGUUCAAUAAUGUGUACUCGGCCACUAAGAUAGUAUCAUCUUCGUAAGGAUGGGAUAGGACUGAAUCUAAGGGUCACUGGGAAUGUCUUUAGGGUAUGCGCUGUUGUUUCUGCUUUGGCAUUCACCUGGGGUUUUGGGCAGAGCAGUCAGCAAGAGACACCCUCGUGACUGGCUGAAGUAACAUGAGCCCACGGCCACGAGCCAUGUCCCCUGUGCAUGCUAUGCCCAGGAGAAAAAAAAAAAAAGAAGCAUCCCAUUUCUA